UCCCUUGGUGUUGGCUAGGGAGGGGUCGGAUUGGUGGGUUGGGGGCCAGAGGCCGCUGGAUCCGGGACUCGGGCGCCUCUGACUGAGCUCCAAAGGGUUACAGCCCUUCGCCCCCUCCUCCCGCCUCCUCCCUUCUCCUCCCCCAGGCUCUUCCUGUCCCGCAGUUGCAACACCCUAUCUGCGGCUCUCUCCCUCCCCUCCCACCUCCUCGCUCCUUUCUGCUUUAAUUUUCUUCCAGUUCUUAGGACUCGGGCUCCAGCUCCGGACUUUGGGGUUGGAGAUCCCGGCCCGGGACUGAGCCGUGAUCCUCACUCCAGUCUCCACCUCAGCUCCCCUGCCCGCGGCCCGGGCUGCUCUUGGGACCCGGCGGGCCCGCACAUCCCGGACUCCGCCGCCGCCGCCGCCACUGCCUGAGCCCUGAUGGGGGAGUAAGAGGCCACCGCUGGCCGGUCAUGGGCCUCCCCACCGUGCCUGGCCUGCUGCUGCCACUGGUGCUCUUGGCUCUGUUGGUGGAAAUAUACCCCUUAAGGGUUAUGGCACUGGUCCCUCACGUCAGGAACCGGGAGAAGAGAGCUAUUCUGUGUCCCCAAGGAAAAUAUAUUCACCCUCAAGAUAAUUCCAUUUGCUGUACGAAGUGCCACAAAGGGACCUACCUGUACAAGGACUGUCCCGGCCCGGGGCUGGACACAGACUGCAGGGAAUGUGAAAACGGCACCUUUACAGCUUCGGAGAACCACCUCACACAGUGCCUCAGUUGCUCCAAAUGCCGAAAAGAAAUGAACCAGGUGGAGAUUUCUCCUUGCACUGUGUCCCAGGACACUGUGUGCGGCUGCCGGGAGAACCAGUACCGGCGUUAUUGGAGUGCAACCCUUUUCGAGUGCAUGAACUGCAGCCUCUGUCUCAAUGGCACAGUGCACAUCUCCUGCACAGAGAAACAGAACACAGUGUGCACCUGUCACGCGGGUUUCUUUCUAAGAGUCAAUGAAUGCAUACCUUGUGUUCACUGUAAGGAAAACACAGAGUGCAAAAAGUUGUGUCUACUCCCUGUGGAAAAGGUUACGGUCCCUCAGGACCCAGGUACCACAGUGCUGUUGCCCCUGGUGAUCUUCUUUGGCAUUUGUGUUUUAUCCUUCUCCGUUGUUUUAAUGUGCCGCUACCAACGGCAGAUGCCCAGGUUCUUCUCCACUGUUUGUGGGAAAUCGACACCUACAAAGGAGGGGGAGCCUGAGACCCUGGCCUCGGUUCCAGGUUUCAGUCCCACCACGAGCUUCAGUCCCACCACGGGCUUCAGUCCCACCACCGGCUUCAGUCCCAUCCCGGGCUUCAGUCCCAUCCCCAACCCCACCUUCACCCCCAGGUCCGUCUUCACCCCACGUGACUGGUCUAAGUUAAGGGCUCCGUCAGAGGCUGGAGAGAUGGCCCCACCCUACCAGGAGGCUGGCCCCAUGCUUUCCGCGGCUCCAGCCUCCACCCCCAUUCCCACCCCAGUUCAGAAGUGGGAGGACAGAACCCACAUUCAGCGCGCUGAAGCCGACCCCGCGGACCCGGCGACGCUGUAUGCCGUGGUGGACGGCGUGCCCCCGUCGCGCUGGAAGGAGUUUGUGCGCCGGCUGGGGCUGAGCGAGCACGAGAUCGAGCGGCUGGAGCUGCAGAACGGGCGCUGCCUGCGGGAGGCCCACUACAGCAUGCUGGCGGCCUGGCGGCGGCGCACGCCGCGGCGCGAGGCCACGCUGGAGCUGCUGGGCCGCGUGCUCCGCGACAUGGACCUGCUGGGCUGCCUGGAGGACAUCGAGGAGGCGCUGCGUGCCCCACCCUCUCUCUCGCCGGCGCCCCGCCUCCUGCGGUGAGGCCACGCCCCUCCCGGGAGGGGCCUGCCCUUAGGACCACCGCCCCCUCGCGGGGGGGGGGGCCGGAUUGACAGUGCUGGAUGCCCUUCGGACCCUUUUUCUGGACGAGGGCCUUGGAAGGGCCAGCAUGGCUGUCAGCCACCUACUUGGUGCUACUCUCCAAGUGUACAUAGAUUAUCUCAGCUGCCGGAGCACUGCCAGGGGCUCAGCCUUGUGUAUGAGACAGGUGUGUGUUUGUGUGUGUGUGUGUGAGAUCCUGAGAGAGGCUGAGUGUGCCAGGAGCCCAAGCUUGUGGCUGCAGAGAUGGGGUGCCUCGCCUCACCGCCCAAGCAAGGCAGCUUAGGGGCCUCUAGUUGGUCCCUGGGCCUUUUUCACAGUAGAUAAGCAAUCUUUGGAUCAGUUAUGUUACACUAAUAGAAACUGGGCACCCCUCUGCCCCCUGCCUGCACAAGCAAAGAGUGAGCUGACCGUCAGAAGGCAGGCGUGAGCACAGAGCACAGAACAAUAGGGCUGCCUGCUGGAACUGUGGAUUUUUGUAAAUACACUAAAACUCUGGAAUUAAAGCUUUGCUCCUGGA